AUGGGAGAAGUAGGAGUUGGGAGAUUGGACGGAGUGGCGGGAGGGGAGGGGUUCGGGAAAGUGUGGAGAGGGUUGCAAGGGGAGAGGUUUGGAAGAGCGCGGGGAGGGUUGGGAGGGGAGAGGCAGGCAGUAGGUAGCAGUGAAACCAGAGGCAGUGAGGGAUCUUCUUUAUUGCGAGGCCAACUCAACUCGCAACCCUCUCCACCCUCUCCCAGGGGCAGUAAAGAACCCUCCCAGGGGCAAUCCCUAUGGCGCCAGCUCCCCUCCCAACCUGCCCCUCCCUCUCCCAGGGGCAGGGAAGUAGCUUCCCUAUGGCGCCAACUCUCAGCAAGAGAACAUUUGGGAGCAGGAGUGAACGUGACAGCGAGAACGCGAGUGAAGCGAGAACGCGACUCAGCGCUUGUACCUGCUCCCAGCGCUGGGAACGGGGCGGCUGGCAGGAAAGAAGACCAAACGGGCUCUGCUUGUGUGUCAUCGCUCAGCAUUCCUCCAAGCCUCACCACUCAACCACCCGUAUCAUUCUCCAAUACUGACAUGACUCAAAACGCCCUCACCACACUCAUCGCACGGCUUGCACCAAACGCUCUUAACACCCUUCCGGUACCACAGGGCUCGCACGCGCUGAAUGCCGAAUCACUCAUCCCUAGAAUUCCCUCCCUCGCACCCUCCUCCACCAUUCUUGCCGCCCAUCUCCUCUCCUUGGCGUCACAACAGACAACUGCUGCCACCCAGGGACAACAGCCGGUAGCAAGUUCUGAGUCGUCCCACACAUCAGCAUCUUCUAUGCAACGAUACCAACAGCUGUUAGCAGCUGCUUCUGCUCCGCACCAACCCCCCGCCAUAUCUUCUCCUUCAACCCAUUCCCCCCACAUUCCCCUAUGCCCCGACCUCCUGCAAUCUCUUCUAUUUCUACUAGCAUCUCAGCCGUCCACUUCUUCCGGACCUUCUAGCAAUGCAGGUUCGGAGCUCGUUCGAACACAGCUGCCUUCCGAACGUGCUCAUAACUUGGCCCGGAAUACCACCGCAGCCUUACAGCCGGGGGGGCAGGAGAUUCCCCAGGCGGUUCUGUUGGCGCUUCUGGCGCAGGUGAACAGAAGCAGCAGCACAGCAGCAGCAGCAGCAGCAGCAGCAGCAGCAGCAGCAGCAGCAGCAGCAGCAGCAGCAGCAGCAGCAGCAGCAGCAGCAGCAGCAGCAGCAGCAGCAGCAGCAGCAGCAGCAGCAGCAGCAGCAGCAGCAGCAGCAGCAGCAGCAGCAGCAGCAACAACAGAGCCAGCAGCAUCUGAACCAGCAUAA